UUGGUGGUUUCCCGGGUUUUCGCUUUUCACUUUCAGCUCUCCAAAUCGAAACAACCCGAAUAAUCGCAAUCCAAAGAGAGAGAGAGAGAGAGAGAGAGAGAGAGAGAGAGAGUCUAGGGUUUUAUUUCGUAUGGUGCAAUUGCGGACUGGAGAAACUUCGAUUUCGCCUAGGUUUCACUAUUUCUUCAGGUUAACCUAGAUAAUAUCUCUGCCUGCUGAACAACAAUGUCUGAACGUCGUGCUAAGCGUCACAAAAUCUCCAGAGGGGAAGAUGACUUUUUGCCUGGGAAUAUUAUCGAAAUCGAGCUUCACAAUUUCAUGACGUUCAAUCACUUGGUAUGUAAACCGGGAUCACGCUUGAACCUUGUUAUUGGACCAAACGGAUCAGGUAAAAGUUCUCUUGUCUGUGCCAUUGCACUUUGUCUUGGUGGUGAGCCUCAGCUUCUUGGCCGAGCAACCAGUGUUGGUGCAUAUGUUAAGCGUGGGGAAGAUUCUGGCUACGUCAAGAUCUCUCUGAGAGGGAAGACGAGCGAGGAAAAUUUUACGGUUUCUCGUAAGAUUGAUACACGUAACAAGUCGGAGUGGAUGUUCAAUGGAAACACAGUUAGUAAGAGAGAGGUAGUUGAGAUCAUCCAGAAAUUUAACAUCCAAGUUAACAAUCUUACGCAAUUCCUGCCACAAGAUAGGGUUUGCGAGUUUGCUAAGUUAACGCCUGUUCAGCUUUUGGAGGAGACAGAAAAAGCUGUUGGUGAUCCUCAGUUGCCAGUCCAUCAUCGGGCGCUUGUUGACAAAAGCCGUGAACUGAAGCAGCUUGAGAGAGCUGUGGAGAAAAAUGGAGAGACGCUGAAUCAGCUUAAAGCCCUUGUUGAUGAGCAAGAGAAGGAUGUGGAACGUGUUAGGCAGAGAGAGUUGUUUUUGACUAAGGUUGAUUCUAUGAAGAAGAAAUUGCCAUGGCUUAAGUAUGAUAUGAAAAAGGCUGAGUACAUGGAUGCUAAGAAGAGAAUGAAGGAAGCCCAGAAAAAAUUGGAUGAAGCUGCAAGGAAUUUGAACAGCAUGAAGGAACCUAUUGAAAAGCAAAAGAGGGAGAAAGCAGAGAUAGAUUCAAAAUGCAAAAAGGCUAAGAAUCUCCUUGAUGCAAAUGGAAGAAACCGUGGUAACUUGCUUGAGAAAGAAGAUGAGGCAGAAGCACGUGUAGUGGCAACAUACAAAGAACUGGAGGAAUUGAAGAAACAAGAAGCACAUCGCAAAGACAGGAUUCUGAAAGCUACUGAGGAUCUGGUUGCUGCAGAACGAGAACUUCAAAAUCUGCCUGUAUAUGAACGUCCUGUAGCCAAACUUGAAGAACUGAGCACACAGAUUACAGACCUGCAUCAGAGCAUAAACCGGAAAAAGAAUGAGAAGGGUGAGAAUGAGACGGUUUUGUCUCAGAAGAGAGUCACCCUGAGGCAGUGCGUAGAUAAGUUGAAGGACAUGGAGAAUGCAAAUAACAAACUAUUGAAAGCACUAUGUAACUCUGGAGCUGAAAGGAUAUUUGACGCAUAUCAAUGGGUGCAACAGAAUCGUCAUGAGUUUAAAAAGGAAGUAUAUGGUCCCGUUUUGGUAGAGGUUAACGUUCCAAAUCGAGAGAAUGCUUGCUAUUUGGAGGGUCAUGUUCCUUAUUAUGUCUGGAAGUCUUUUAUCACUCAGGAUCCCGAAGACCGUGAUUUGCUGGUUAGAAAUCUAAAACGAUUUGAUGUUCCCGUUCUAAACUAUGUGGGCGAAGGCGGCAAUCAAAAGGCUACCUUUCAUAUUUCUGAUCAGAUGCGUUCUCUUGGGAUCCAGGCUCGGCUUGAUCAAAUAUUUGAUGCUCCUGACGCCAUCAAGGAGGUUUUAACUUCCCAGUUUGGUCUGGAUGACUCGUACAUUGGAUCGAAGAUUACUGAUCAGAGGGCUGAAGAAGUCUCCAAGCUGGGGGUAAAAGAUUUUUGGACACCGGACAAUCACUACCGGUGGUCUUCCUCAAGGUAUGGUGGUCAUACCUCUGCAAGUGUAGAUUCUGUAUAUCCAUCGCGUCUUCUAUUAUGUGGGGUAGACGUUGGAGAGCUUGAGAAACUGAGAUCAAGAAAGGAGGAGUUAGAAGACGCUAUUUCAUUCAUUGAGGAAACUAGCAAGAGUCUUCAAACAGAGCAAAGACUUUUGGAAGAAGAAGCAGCUAAACUUCAUAAAGAGAGGGAGGAGAUAGUUAAUGUUUCGAAUCUGGAGAAGAAAAAACGCCGUGAUUUGGAAACCCGUUUCCAGCAAAGGAAGAUGAGGCUAGAAUCCUUGGAGCAAGAGGAGGACAUGGAUGCUUCAGUUGCUAAGCUGAUUGAUCAGGCUUCCAGAGCUAAUGGUGACCGCUAUACAUAUGCGAUAAAUCUCAAGAAAUUGCUUGUGGAGGCUGUUGCUUAUAGGUGGAGUUACGCGGAGAAGCAUAUGGCUUCUAUUGAACUGGAAAGAAAGAUCAGAGAGUCAGAAAUCAAUAUCAAACAAUAUGAGAAAACAGCACAGCAGCUAUCUGUCAGCGUUGAGUAUUGUAAGAAAGAGGUAGAAGGAAAGCAGGUGCAGCUAGCAGCUGCCAAGAGGAAUGCAGAAUCUAUUGCAGCCAUCACACCUGAGCUUAAAAAGGAGUUUAUGGAAAUGCCUACCACAAUCGAAGAACUGGAAGCGGCUAUACAAGACAAUAUGUCUCAAGCUAAUUCGAUCCUUUUCGUAAACGAGAACAUACUCCAAGAGUAUGAAUAUCGCCAAAAACAGAUAGAUAUUAUCUCUACAAAGCUCGAAGCUGAUAAAAGAGAUCUGGGCAUAUGCUUGAAAGAUAUCGAUUCGCUAAAGGAGAAAUGGCUUCCAACAUUGAGACAGCUUGUUGCUCAGAUAAAUGAAACUUUCAGCCACAACUUUCAGGAAAUGGCUGUUGCAGGAGAAGUAUCACUGGAUGAGCGUGACACUGACUUUGACCAAUAUGGAAUACAUAUCAAAGUGAAAUUCAGGGAGUCAGGGCAACUACAGGUUCUAAGUUCUCACCACCAAUCUGGGGGAGAACGUUCUGUCUCGACUAUCCUUUACCUCGUCUCUCUUCAAGAUCUGACAAACUGUCCUUUUAGGGUCGUUGAUGAGAUUAAUCAAGGUAUGGAUCCUAUAAACGAAAGGAAGAUGUUUCAACAGUUGGUUAGAGCUGCUAGCCAACCAAACACUCCACAGUGCUUCUUACUGACACCAAAGCUCCUGCCAGAGCUAGAAUACAGUGAAGCCUGUAGCAUUCUGAACAUCAUGAAUGGUCCUUGGAUCGUGCAGCCUUCAAAAGUUUGGAGCUUUGGUGAUAGUUGGGGCAGUCUCAUGAGACGAACCGAAGCUAGUCAAUGUUCUUAACAUCAUCAUCUCUAAUAUAUUUUGGGUUUAUGGAAAAACAAGUGUAUUUAAGUAGGAUUCGUAUUAAACCAGCCGGUCUGACCAGUUUGAAUCUGAACCGAAUUCGUGUCAUUUUUUUUUUUUUUUCAUUUUCUCUGGAAAAGGUAAAAAAGCUCCAUUUUCUGAAACAUGUUUUUCUGAUAUA